AUGACUGCUACCGGACCGCCGGAGGUCGGAUGGACUCACGGGUAUGCCUUGAGCCAGCCGUUCGGGGGUUACCGCAUCAGGUGUGCCCCGCAGGCCAGAGGAGCAACUUUACAGUCGGAAACGGCAGGGCACCCCGGGUCGGGGUGGGUCCUUUUACAGUUCUUGUGUGUGGCAACCUGUCCUUGGACGUGGCAGGGCCCAGAGAGGGGCGCCUGGAGCAGCCGCGCUGGUUCCCCGGGAGUCACGGCUUGGCCAGGUGACAGGAGGUCACCAGCCAGCAGCCCUGGGGCCGGCCUGGAACUGACCUGGCUUGGGCCCUCCUCGCCCGAGGUCGGCCCCAGGCGGCUCCUCCGGAUUAGAACGGGGCCACUUCCUGGCAGGCAGGGCCCUGCCUCGGUUGAGAGGAUGGCCUCAGCAGGCGCUGAAGCGGAGAAGCCUGGAGAAUGCAAUGACCUCGUCCAGCUUCGCAACCCAAACAUAGCGACAAUGAAGGAAGACAUCCUGUACCAUUUCGGCCUGAGCACCAGCACGCACGACUUCCCAGCGAUGUUCGGAGACGUGAAGUUCGUAUGUGUUGGGGGAAGCCCUUCCCGGAUGAAAGCUUUCAUCAAAUACGUGGCGGGGGAGCUGGGCCUGGACCACCCAGGGGCAGACUACCCCAACAUCUGCAUGGGGACCGACCGCUACACCAUGUUCAAAGUCGGACCAGUGCUGUCGGUCAGCCACGGGAUGGGCAUCCCCUCCAUCGCCAUCAUGCUGCACGAGCUCAUCAAGCUGCUGUACCAUGCGCGGUGCUCCGGCGUCACCGCCAUCCGCAUCGGGACCUCGGGCGGGAUAGGUCUGGAGCCUGGCUCUGUGGUCAUCACCCGGCAGGCAGUGGACGCCUGCUUCAAGCCGGAGUUCGAGCAGAUGGUCCUCAGGAAGCGGGUGGUGCGGAACACGGACCUGGACGAGCGGCUGGUGCGGGAGCUGAUGCAGUGCUCAGCGGAGCUGGGCGAGUUCCCCACGGUGGUGGGAAAUACCAUGUGCACGCUGGACUUCUACGAGGGGCAAGCCCGGCUGGACGGCGCCCUCUGCUCCUACACUGAGAAGGACAAGCAGGAGUACCUGCAGGCGGCCUACGCGGCCGGCAUCCGCAACAUCGAGAUGGAGGCCUCGGUCUUCGCCUCCAUGUGCAACGCCUGUGGCCUCCGAGCGGCCGUGGUGUGCGUCACGCUCCUCAACCGCCUGGAAGGCGACCAGAUCAGCAGCCCCCACGACGUGCUGGCCGAGUACCAGCAGCGGCCCCAGCGGCUGGUGGGCCACUUCAUCAAGCAGCACCUCGCGGCGGCCCGAGGCCCCCGCGCCCCCGCGCGGAGCGGUCCUUGUGGCUGCGAAUAAAAUCAGCGUCGCGUCUCCUCGUG